UCUCUGUAGAAGCUAAUGUGACAAGGUCUGAUCUUUCGUUUUCUUCUGGAAGAAUCAAGCGUUUAUUUAAGUGUCAUUUUCUGUCAGAAUAUUUAAUUAUUCAAAGAACUAUAGUAAAAUGUUCGGACCAGGAGGUGCUCCGAUCGUAGUUUUAAGUCAGAAUACGAGACGUGAUUCCGGCCGGAAAGUACAAAGGGAAAAUAUUCAAGCCGGCAAGGCAAUCGCAGAUAUCAUUAGAACAUGUCUAGGACCGCAAGCUAUGUUAAAAAUGUUAAUGGAUCCAAUGGGAGGAAUAGUCAUGACCAACGAUGGAAAUGCUAUACUACGUGAAAUAACGGUACAACAUCCUGCUGGAAAAUCGAUGAUAGAAAUUGCAAGAACUCAAGACGAAGAAGUUGGUGAUGGUACAACGUCAGUUAUUGUAUUGGCAGGAGAAAUUUUGGCCAUAGCAGAACCUUUUCUUGAGCAGAACAUGCAUCCAACAAUUAUCAUCAGAGCAUUCCGUCAAGCUUUGGAAGAUAUGGUAACCAUUCUUAACGAUCAAGUCAGCAUAGACUUGGACACCAGUGAUAGAAGCAAACUUAUUCAAGUGAUUAGUUCUUGCGUAGGAACUAAAAUUUUUGGUCGUUGGCCUGAAUUAGCAUGUCAGAUAGCAUUAGAUGCAGUCUUGACUGUUAUGUAUGAAGAAGGAGGCAGGAAGGAGAUUGAUAUAAAACGUUAUGCGAAAAUAGAGAAAAUUCCUGGUGGUACUAUCGAAGAGAGUAUUGUACUCAAGGGAGUAAUGAUCAAUAAAGAUGUCACACAUCCAAAAAUGAAACGACAUAUUAAAAAUCCAAGAAUAGUUUUGUUGGAUUGCCCUCUGGAGUAUAAAAAGGGAGAGUCACAGACCAAUAUAGAAAUACUGAAAGAUACAGAUUUUACAAGGAUUUUAGAACUAGAAGAAGAGCACGUUAAAAAGAUUUGUGAGGACAUAAUAGCUGUGAAACCCACUGUGGUAUUCACAGAGAAAGGGGUAUCAGAUUUAGCUCAACAUUAUCUUGUGAAAGCUGGAAUCUCUGCUAUCCGUAGAUUGAGGAAGAGCGAUAUGAACAGAAUUGCUAGAGCUUGCGGUGCUACUGUUGUUAAUCGUACAGAAGAAUUAAGGGAAGAAGAUGUAGGUACUAAUGCUGGUCUGUUUGAAAUCAAAAAGGUUGGAGAUGAAUACUUCUGCUUUGUUACGGAAUGUAAAAAUCCCAAGGCAUGUACUAUAAUAUUGAGAGGCGCCAGUAAAGACAUUCUAAAUGAAACAGAGAGAAACCUACAAGAUGCUCUACAUGUUGGAAGAAAUCUUCUCAUUGAACCAAAAUUGGUGCCAGGUGGAGGAGCAGUAGAAAUGGCAGUAGCAAGACUUCUGGCAGAAAAAGCAUCAAGGCUUGCUGGCGUAGAACAAUGGCCUUACAAAGCUGUAUCACAGGCAUUAGAAAUUAUUCCAAGAACCCUUGCACAGAAUUGUGGAGCUAACACCAUUAGAACAAUGACUGCACUGCGUGCAAAACAUGCUACUGAGGGAAUGACAUGGGGUAUCGAUGGAGAAACUGGUCAAUUGGUAGAUAUGAAAGAGCGUGGUAUUUGGGAACCACUAUCUGUUAAGCUACAAACAUACAAAACGGCCGUUGAGACAGCUAUUUUGUUGUUAAGAAUUGAUGAUAUAGUAUCGGGAAGCAAGAAAAAGAAAGAUAACGAACCGGCAACGCCUGCACAAGUUUCAGAGGAAGCUAUGAAGGAUUGAAGACAUUAAAUUUUUAUAUUAUGCUCGAAAUGCUUUUAUUUGUCUUAACAUUUAAUAAUUCAUGUCCACGAUAAUGUUAAUGAAAUUCAAUUCAUGUUCACAGAAAUUAUUUGCUUGUCUGUAUGCAUUUUCGUACAAUAAAAAUACUUUGAUAAGCUAUUAAGAAGAAUGAUGCACGUACUGUAUUUAUCAAUAUACAUAUAUAUUGUUUUGAAGGGGCUGCUUUUUUUAUUGUAACAAGCUAACUUAGAUAAAACGUCUAUAAUUAGAGCAUAGCAAUCAAUUUGUCAUAUACUGCUUUGAUAGCAUUUUUGUACGAAACUUAAACAAAGAUGAAAAUAUAUUUCACAAUACCAAUAUUGAA